AUGGUCCCCGGUUCUCCUCAGAAGCUUCUAAAGUGUGAACUUGAAAACUUAACCAAAGAUCAAAUAGUACAGCGGGUUUUAGACUUAAAAUGUGAGUUGGAUGAAUUUCAAGAGUCGAGUAAAGAAUUAGAGCAGGCAUUAGAAGACGAGGUUGAAACUUUGGAAAAUGCCAAUUGUAAACUAAACCUGAACCUUGUAUCAAAAGAUGAAGAUAUACAGAUAUUGAAAGGUAAAAUAAUGUCUCUCAAUAUUGAGCUCAAGGAACUCCAGAGCAGUAAUAAUGAUCUUAACAGUGCAUACAAAUGCGAGAUUAAGUCAUUAAAAGAGAAAUUGGUUGACAUAGAAAUUGCAAAUGAAUCAGUGAGUUCACAGAAUCGCUUGCUUCUAAGUCAGUUAGAACUGUCUACACAGCAAAACAACGAGUUGUUAGAGAAGAUUGCAUUGAUAGAAUAUGACCUUGAAAGAGAACUAACAGCAAAUGCAGAGAAAGAGCUAUAUUUGCUGAAUUACCGAAACAAGCUAAACGAAAUGGGCUGGGUCGUGGAUACGUUGAAGGAAAAGCUUUCACACCGUUCAAAUUUAGGAUCUAGAAUCGAAUCACCUCUGGGUAGUAGUUUAAUCUUUGGAGAACUAGAGAUUUCACAAGGCUUGAAAGAAUCAUCAGAAUACCCAAAGCUUACCGUUAAAAAAUCAAGAGGCUCAGAUAGCCAACUGAAUAGCGAUCACAACCCGCCGUCUUCAUUUCCUUUGAAGUCUACUUCGACGAUACAUGUAUCCAAGCAGCUGCAUUUAGCUAAAUCAAUAGGACCUUCUAUGACCGAGACGAAAGACGUGGCGCCAAAUUUACAUUUAUCGAAAUCCAUCAGGAAUUUAUCAAAAAGAGUUCAGUCCCAGAGAAGCUUUAUAAGCUUGAGACCGGAUCGGUCUUCAUCUUUUGGUGAAGAGAAUGAAUUUGCCAUUCCACAAAGGCUGGUUUUAGGUAGUUUAGAGAACCAGUCUAAUAGAUCUUUAAGAACAAAAAAUAGCAUUAGUGUAUUUGACUAUUGGCGUCAUAGUAAAAGUAAUGAAUAA